AUGCGCCGUGCCGUGGCUGCAGAUUACGCGUCGAACGCGCUCAUCAUCGCGCCGCUUCUGCUGGACCUUUCGGUGGAUGCUGACCCCGAAAUCCGUCAAGAGUGCGCUCAAGCUCUGCUGCCCGUCGCCGAGUUCAUCUGGUCCCAGGAGGAGCAGGCGAGCGCUCAGCUUGCGGAGCUGGAGGAGGCAGGCGACGAGAGUGUGCCGGAGCCCCAGGAUGUGGUGCUCGGGCUCCUGCGACGCUCGAUCGAGAUGCUCAAGGACCCGGAGCAGGCGGUGCAGGACGCUGCGAUGGACACCGUGGGGUCGCUCGCGUCGCUGCUCUCGUCGUUCGACGUGCAGAACCACGUCGUCGAGCCCCUGCUGGAGCUGUGUCGGGACGAGGACCCCGAAGUGCGCGCCGUGGCUGGGAAGGUGCUCUUCAGCAUGUCCGGUCAGAUGGAGCAGGCAGGGCUGCUGGACGUCCUGAGCUCGCUGGUGUCGGACUUCAGCCAGGACCCUUUCCUGGCGGUGCGCCUGGCGGCGGCCGACGGCGUCCCGGCGCUGUGUCAGCUGAUGAACCCCUCGCGCGUCGAGCUGGAUGUUCUCCCGCUGCUCUCGCGGCUCUGCGACGACAUGGUGUGGUCUGUGCGCAAAUCAGCCGCGACGGCCAUCCCGAAGGUGGCCCGCUGCGUGUCCUACGACACGCGCGUGACCAAGGUGAUGCAGUUGUUCCGUUGCCUGAUCGACGACAUGUCGCACUGGGUGAAGCAGGAAGCGCUGGCGCAGCUCGUCGGAUACGCCCAGACGCUGAGAUCGUCUGACAUAUCCCAGGAGCUCGUGGACGACUUCUGCUCCAUGGCCACACAGGUGCUGGGCGACCCCGAGGUGUGCGAGGCGUGCGCGCGCGACAUCGCCACGAUCGCCCUGUGCAUCGGUCCAGGCAGGUGGUCAGAGCUCCGGGAGGCACUGAGUUUGCUCACCGCGAGUCCGCAUCAAGAGGUUCGCCGUCAGGUGGCGCGGAGCCUCCCGCGCCUCGUCACGCUGUUCAGCAAGCACGAGGAUCUCGAGGACGUGCGGUCGUCAGCAGCCCAACUGCUGGACGACGACUGCGAGGAGGUGCUGCUGACCCUCGCCGAGUCCGCGGCGGACCUGAUCACGGCUCUUCCACAUGACAUGCGGCUCCCUCUGACCAGACAGCUGCUGUUCCUGGCGUUUCAAAACGUCCCCGAGGGCGCCUUGUGUGGCUCGUGGCGUCUGAGGGAAGCCGUUGUCCGCGAGCUCGGCAAGUUGUGGCCGGCCCUGCCACCCAAGUCCCUGUCCUCAGCGGUCUUCCCGUUCUUCCUCACAAUGUGCAAGGAUCCUGUCUCGUCCGUGCGGCAAAUGGCUGCCGGACAAAUGGGCCUUGCGCUCGGCCGGGCUCUCUGUGGGACGGGCGGGAACCACCCCGCUCCAUUGCCUCGCAAACCACAGGCACACAGGUCGGACGAGCACGCAACCCGUCAUGGCAACGUCUCGGGCCCCGUGCAGUCCACAGCGGCGCUCGUGAACCUGUCAUGCAGCUGUGCCGAGUUCACGUCCAUUGACAGGGCGGAUCCGGCAGUUAUAGACAAGGAAAGCGAGCGCCUUUUCCGUGAGUUGCGGAUCCCUGCGGCGCAGCUCGGCGACAAAUCGCAGGGCGCCAGGCAAACACAACCUGCCACUGCUGGAUUUGAUGGUCACCGCCGCAGUGCGUCGGUCGGAAUGGCGAUGUUCACCAUCUCUGGGCGAUCGAGCUCAGCUGACGAAGGGAGCUGCGGCGAGCAGCCGCUGCCCGUGUCGCGGGGAUCGCACGGCGCCCUGUCGGCGGACUCGCAUGGGCAGGGCGCGCCAACAGACAGCCCGUGGAACGGGAACGGGCCGCCGACGCACGACACGUCUGGUCGGAAACUCAAAUUCCGGUCGCAGGAAGAUCGACAGCCGGAGGCGCCGCCCCAGGGCCGCGCGCCGCGGCCACGUGGGCGAGCGAGCGACGGCCUCGGGGGGCGCAGUUGGUUACUUCACGACUCGCAUCCAGUCAUCCCCAGUCGACUGUCACGCCCUACGCACGAGCCGGCAAGCCACCCCGCGAGCCACAGCGAAGGCGUCGGAAUCGAGCGCCCCGCUCCCGCGAACAAUGGCCUUGCGUCGCACAGGAGCCUCAAGGCCUCUGCCGUCGCGCGCCUAGAGCGCAUGUCGGACAACAUGGACGCCCCAGCACGACCGGUGGCGCCACAGACGCGCGAUCCGGCGACCGACGUGCAGCCUUCUGGUGCCUUGGGCCCAGCUCUGCCGGCCGGCCCGCACCUCGACAGUGCGCACGUGAGCGUUGCAGACAACGUGCUCGGCCGCGACACGCCUCUCGCGAUUCCACAGGGCGUACCGGAACUGGCCGAGCGCGAUGAGAACGUAGCGGACGCGCAACGUCACAAGGAGGAGCAGCCAAGUCAGCAGAAUGCAGCAACCCCGCGGAGAGACAGCGACUUGAGAGACGACGCGGAAGGAGUGAUGGACGAUCCCCAGGCGCCCCUGCGGUCGCCACGGGAUCUCGAUCUCGGCGACAUCCAAGCGGAGGCGUUUUUCUCUCGGCACCAGACCCUCCUCGACACGUUUGCGGACGAUCGGGACCACGCGCGGUCCUCCGUUGGGACCGGCUCCGGCAACGACAGCGACUCUGGAAGCGACGACCGACACCACCACUGGCGCAGUGCGCACAGCGACUCCAGCAGGGACGGCUCGGAGGUAGGCGAUGCCGAUAUCUCAGCGCUGUCAGCCGAGGUCAGCGAGGAGCUCGUCGAGGUUGAGCGCAUGGUCGAGGAAAUGCCUGGUCCCAUGACGGCCUUCAAGAGGAUGAUGCUGCAGGUCUCGGCCGAGAGGAGUGCGUCUCCGGGCUUGCAUCACUUGAUGGGGCACCAUGGUGAGUCGGGCUCGGAGAUUGGCAUGUGCGCGGGGCGAGACGGGCCGCAGGCACAACACCGAGUUCCAAGGCCCAUCAGCGCCGUCGACCUGCGCCACCGGCACCACGCGCACUCCGCGAGUGGUGACGCCCCACGGCCUGCCUCGAGCCACGCAUCUGGCCACGACGGCGGGCGAAGCCGCAUGAAGCGGCUGGACCCGAGGAGCGCAUUGCUCGAGUGCUUGGCGAUGUGCAAAGACCCCGACUACAAGCAACGGCAGCUGCUGUGCCUGAUCUUGUCAAACAUGACCGGCAUGCGCGGCAGCAUGAACGUCACGGCGUACGGCGAGCUGGUGCGGCCUGCGCUGCGAACCCUGGCCAAGGACAAGGUCAAGUCCGUCCAGGAAGCCUCGCGGGUGGCGGCGGCGAAACUGGGCUGGAUUUUCGCAGAAUAG